GGAGACAGUCGAUCCGUGUUUCUGCGUCCGAAUGCGCUCGUUCCGCUUAUAAUUUUCCCAUCCCUACCUUUGCUCGUGAGCAAACUUCACGCCGAGUCGCUGCUGUGAUGAUCAGUGGAGACUGGUGAAGACAGUGACUAACGGUGACUACAGUGAGUCGAGCUAUCUAAGCGUCGCAUCUUAUCGUAAAUUGCAGUACUGUGUAUAUUGUGUACUCUAUAAAAAAAGUGGUGCUACUCGUGGUGAUAUACACGCAAGACGAGGUAGUAUGAUGGUUUGAACGCUGUGCCAACAUGACCGUGGAUUUUGUUGACUACUUCUGGGGCGAUAAGAAUAAUGGAUUUGACGUGUUGUAUCAUAACAUGAAGCAUGGUGUAAUCGCCAGUAAGGAAUUGGCAGAAUUUUUGCGAGAAAGGUCGGCUAUAGAGGAGAACAAUUAUAAGCUCCUUAGUAAGGUAGCGAAGCAAGCGAGCAGUAGCACACAAGGAACAUUCGCACCUAUAUGGGCUGCUCUGAGAGGUGCCGCUGAGAAACUUGCUGUUUUACACUACCAAAUGGCCCAGCGGGUUACUGAACUUAUAAAAGAUGUGUCAAAAUAUGCGGAAGAGCUGCACAAGAAACAUAAGGCUGUGAAGGAAGAAGAAUCGUCUACUUUAGAAGUUGUACAAAGUAUACAGAGCAUUUCGGUAACAUUACAUAAAGCGAAAGACAUGUGUAUGCAAAAGCGGCUUGAAUUAGAGAAAUUAAGAAAGGACAAUGCCAGUCAAAGGGAGCUGGAGAAAGCGGAGGGCAAGUUCAAAAAAGCACAAGACGACUACCGGACAUUGGUGGACAAAUAUACGGUCAUAAGAAACGACUUCGAGGCAAAAAUGACUCAGGCUUGCAGGCGGUUCCAAGAUGUGGAAGAAACGCAUCUGAAGCACAUGAAGGAAUUUCUGAAUACAUACGCUGAUGUUUUGCAAACCAAUCACGAGCAGGUCGGCCAAGUACACAUUGAUUUCAAGCGACAGUGCGUUGACAUGACAGUGGAGAAAUUAUUAGAACAAUUUGUUCAGAGUAAAUACACGGGUUUCGAGAAGCCAGGUGUGAUCGAGUAUGAGGAAGUUAUGACGAGUUUAGCGGAAGUGACCAGUCACUCUCAAUCUGAAGGUGGCGUGGAGACGCCUAAAGAAACGUCAAAGGGCACUAAUGGCGAAACAGGCGUAGCCGGUAACAGUCACAGUUCAAAGAAAGAUCAGGGAUUAAAGGGGGAGGGUGAUACUUUGAAAGUAAUGGAUGGGGAAAGGGGAAGGGUGAUAUUGGAAAAGGAUAGAGAAAAAGAAAGACAGAAGGAAAAACACAGGGAACUGUCACUAGCACAAACCACCAAGGCUUCCCGCCGUACUACCUCGCUACUCAACUUAUUUAUGUCCAACUCCCAGGACAAACAGAAGCAAGCAGGGUCGUCUGGUUCGGCUCCUGCCACUCCUCAAGGGAACAACCUGCCUCCUGCUGUUCCACCUCCCAGCAUCUCCAGGAACCCUCUCAGAGGAUCUAAAUGGUUCUUACGCAGUAGAAGAGAAAAACGAAAGGAGAAGAAAGCGAAGAAGAAGAAGGACCUUGUGGAUACGAAUAGCAGUAAAGAAGAAAAGUCUGACCUGGAAGAUAAGGAAGACAGUAGAAAGUCAGAAACACCAACGCCGGAGGUAGACGAAGAUGGCUUUUGCAUCAGACCAAAGCCGGAUCCAUGGGAAAACGAAAAGGGAUUCUAUUCCAGCUCGGAUACCGAUUCGGAGGACGAGAGGGAACGUAAGAUUCGAGUGGAAAUAAAACCUCUCAGCAACGGUGGUGCACCCAUGAGCGCUAGUGUGGAUGAAUUGAGGGCAACAGUGGAAAAUUUAUCUUUAUCACCUGCUCCAACAGGACGUAGAGGAUCGAAUACCGAUUCCGAUCAUCACAUGAAAAGGUCUCAGUCAGUGUCACAGCAAUUAGGAGGUAAGCCAAGCUCAGAUUUACUUGGCCUAAACUUGUUCAAUCCUAGCAGUACGCCAUCGAGCGCAUCGACACCGACCGGUAGCCACCCUUACGCUCCGCUGCAGAGUCCACCGCCACUUUCCACAUCGCCAACCCCAUCGCAACCACCGCCGCCACAAUCUGCGCCGCCUACACAUUCUCAUACUCGAUUCACAGAUGGAGAUUUAUUUUCCGAAGUUGGAGACAUUACGCCGGCCUUACCACCUAAGCAGUCCGCAUCCUCAACACCGACGGGAUCAAUCGUGAUACCAAGACCGCCAUCGCGUCGAGGAGAAGGCCCGUCACCACGCGGUAGAAUGUCACCCGCGACUAUAUCUCGUGCCGACAGCGUCGCCAGCCUAGAGUUUCGUACCGCCGGCGUGGGCGUGGGUUCCUCGCGGGGACCGUCCCCCCUUACGAUCGGCCUAGCCGACACUAUUCCGUUGGCAGUGGCGUUCCACGAGAUAGUGCAUUCCUACUUUCGAGGCACAGACGAGACCCGGUGCCAAGUGAAGCUAAGCGGCGAUAUGAUGCUCUCGUUUCCGGCCGGCAUCGUCACGGUUCUGGCAAACAAUCCUAGCCCCGCUAAAUUGACCUUCCGCGUGAGAAAUACCAACAGAUUGGAAAGAUUGUUACCAAACAAUCAACUCAUCAGCAUGGAUGCAACUCAGACUACCGUCGAUAGUACAAUCUUCGAAUUCAACAUGAGUGCCUUAACUAUGUUACUACGGCGACAAGCUGAACAGAAUCCUUCGGCCUCGUAUUUCAACGUGGACAUCCUCAAGUACCAAAUCAAGUGUAAGGAGGGUGCCGGUUCAUGCCCCUUUCAGUUAGUCGCGUAUUGGAAGUGUGAGACGACUCACACUGAUCUCAAGAUCGAUUAUAAAUACAACAGUCGCGCAAUGGCAUCGCCAAGCCCUUUGCUGAAUCUUCAUGUGGCGGCACCUAUUGACGGCGGUUUCAAAUCGUUCAAUAGUAAACCGCCAGCACAGUGGCUAUCCGAUACGAAUCGUGUGUUAUGGAAAUUCACAGAGCUUUCACAGCACAGUGAAAGCAAUGGAGUCGGAUCUCUGAAGGCGCGAGUCGAGCUCGAACGGGGCCCAGGAAAUCAAGGCACUAUAUUCACCCAGUUCAAUUGCGAAGGGACCACAUUGUCGGGUAUCGAAUUUGAGCUUAUAGGCUCUGGAUAUCGAUUGAGCUUAGUGAAGAGAAAAUUUGUAUCUGGAAAAUACAUAUGUGACGGAGAUUCAGAUUCACGUUCGAGAUACGCCGCGCCGCCAUCCAGUGCAGAUUGACGACUUCCAGAAUGGGCGCCUCAUUGGGAGAGUCAGCCCAUUUAAUAUUGGUACUUGAUUGAUCAUUCACUGCCCAUAUCACGACUAUCGAUUGUUCAUACACCGAUUACGCAUGGAGAAGCCUGUUGGAUACCAAAGUGUACAUCAGCCGAAGAUCAAAUACAUCUUUUUGUAAAAAUCGUAUAUUAAAAAACAUUGAUAAAGAAAGGGUAUUUACAAGCCGAAGUAUUUUAGGCCUUUUUGUCGACGCGAUCGCUAUUUUUUUUACACGUUUAAUGCCGAAUGUUUUGAGUCUUCGUUUACAUUAAGCCAUAUUAUAUUUUAUCUUGAUGGGAACAUAUAUAAUUACACACAAUUUAGGUAAGGCGAUGUGUUCGGCGCUAAACGCGUUACUGUUAAGGAAGCGGAUUCUUUAUUUUCCGCAAUUAGAACGAACAGAUACAGAAAACUGACUUAAUACAGGAACAUGCUAUGAUGAAUAUGCAUUCUAUGUGUUUUAUACAUAACUUAUAUAUUUUUUAAUUUUUAUAUAUUCUCCGUACUAGAGACUACUGUGCUAAACUGAUAAUUACUAUUUUAACGAAGUUUCUACGAUAGGAGGCAAUAAAUAUUGCGAGCAAUCUUUUCUGUCAAACAAAA